AAUCCAGUAAGGAUUCGCUUCCAUCCCUUCCGUCACAGUUUCAGUGGCUCACUUCACCAUGAAACCCUAGCUAUUUGCUGCGUACGCGCGAUGAGAACGCCCAUGGCCACAAGGGCGAUGAGCGGUCGCGGCUUGCUGCGUGUCGCCACGUAUUCUCCGAUUUCUUCUUUCAUCUCCCUGCGUUUCUUCCACCCAAGCAGCCGCCAUUCCCCGCUCCGCGUCGGAAUCCACGAGGUCGGACAUGGUUGUUCCUUGAACCCUCCUGGGUUCGGAUUGACUCGCCAAUUACCACUGCAGUCCUUGGGCGAGCGCGGCUACGUGCACAGCCUCGUCGAUUCCGUCAUGGAGGAGUUGGCUGUUAUUCGUACCAACCGCCGAAUCCGCUCUACCAUCAAAGUGGGAUUUCCGCACAAUAAGGAGUUAUCUGAUGAUGUAUCAGAAAAGAGGAUGUUGCAGAAGGGCUUGCUACUGGAAUUUAGAAAGGAUUCUCAGAAGACAUUGUUAGCUGUGGUCCAAAAACCUGAUGGGAAGAAGAAUUGGAUGGUCCAUGAUCAGAAUGGCGUGAUUUGCUCGAUAAAGCCCCAGCAAGUUACAUACAUAGUACCCGGAGCUGAAGAUUUUGAUCAUGCAACUAUUUCUGAUUUUAUUCAGAAAGCUCAAGAUCUCUCGGAUCCAUCGAUUCUAGAGUGCGCAUGGGCGGAACUUUUAGAAAAUAAAAAGUCAGUUACAGCUGAGGAGUUAGCAGAGAUGAUAUAUGGAAGCAGGGAAUCUCUUGAAAGCUACUGUGCUCAUCUCUUGUUGUCAAGAGAUGAUGUAUAUUUUAGUGUGGUUGGCAACAGAGACUAUUGUUCUGUAUAUGAACCUCGAGCCAGUGUUCAGGUGGUGGAGCUCUCACAAAGGAAGCUUGCCAAGCAAUCUUCUGAGAAGGAACUUGAAGGGUUUGUGCAUUUACUGAUGUCUGCAAAAGCUACGCUUCCAUGUUCAAAACCAUCCAGAAGUUCAUGGAUGGUUGAGGAUAAAGUUAAAAGGAAAAUUCAAUGUCUUGAGGCUUAUGCUUUAGAUAUGCUUGAAAGUGAUGAACAGAGGAAAACUGCUGGAAAUAUACUCAAGGCUAUGGGAUUAACGAAGACAUCAUCUGCUGCAAUUAACCUCCUCAUAGAUAUUGGUUACUUCCCUGUACAUGUCAAUCUUGAUCUCCUUAAGCUCAGAAUUAAGACUGACUACAAUCAUGAAGUCUUGUUGGCAUCUGAAAACCUUUUAAUGGGUUCUGAUGAUCCUGAUGGGAGUAACAGGAAGGAUCUUACAUCUCUGAAAGUGUACGCAAUUGACGUGGAUGAUGCUGAUGAGCUUGAUGAUGCGUUAAGUGCUACAAGGCUACCAGAUGGAAAGAUAAAAGUGUGGAUCCAUGUUGCUGAUCCCACAUGUUUGGUCGCACCUCAUAGUAUAAUUGACCGGGAGGCUAUAAGAAGAGGAACUUCCAUAUUUUUACCUACUGCUACCUAUCCAAUGUUCCCAGAAAAGCUUGCAAUGGAGGGUAUGAGUUUGCAACAAGGCAAAAUAUGCAAAACUGUCAGCGUAUCAGUAACAUUAAGGGAAGAUGGAAGCAUUGCAGAUUUUGCUAUAGAGAACUCAAUUAUCAGACCCACCUAUAUGCUGACUUAUGAGAGUGCUACUGAAUUACUUCAUCUGAAUUUGGAAGAGGAGGCUGAACUUCGGAUUCUAUCAGAAGCUGCCCUGCACCGUUUCCAAUGGCGUCUAAGCCAGGGUGCAAUAGACACAGCAACAAUAGAUACACGCAUCAAGGUGGCAAACCCUGAUGAUCCUGAACCUGUUAUAACUCUCUAUGUUGAAGAUCAGUCAAGCCCUGCAAUGCGACUAGUUUCAGAGAUGAUGAUACUUUGUGGGGAGGUUAUUGCUACAUUUGGUUCUAUCAACAACAUUUCACUGCCAUACAGAGGGCAACCACAAUCGAACAUUUCUGCAACAGCAUUUUCUCAUCUUCCUGAAGGGCCUGCCAGAACUGCUUCUUACCUAAAAAUUAUGCGCGCUGCUGAAAUGGAUUAUCGGAAACCUAUAUGGCAUGGAUUAUUAGGUAUUCCUGGUUAUGUACAGUUCACAUCUCCAAUCCGUCGAUACAUUGAUCUUCUAGCUCACUAUCAGGUUAAGGCUUUUCUUAGAGGAGAAGCUUUACCCUUUUCAGCUGGUGAAUUGGAAGGAAUGACAUGCAUUGUGAACAUGCAUGUAAGAGUUGCUAAGAAACUUCAAAAUAACAGUUUAAGGUAUUGGAUAUUGGAGUAUCUGAGAAGACAGCAAAGGGAUAGGAGGUUUUGUGCUUUGAUCCUCAGGUUUAUCAAGCAUCGAACAGCAGCCUUGCUUUUGAUGGAGGUGGGAAUUCAAGCUACCGCAGAUGUUUCUAUUGGAAAACAGAUUGGAGAUGAGCUGCGAGUCAUCAUAGUCGAAUCUCAUCCUCGUGAUGAUAUCCUUUCAGUAAAGGAAGUUAUUGACGACUCACAUUGACGCCUGCAUCUCCCAAAUGUUGUAGACAAUGCUUGUCAAACCAGUAUUGGCCGAGCAACCAAGCAAUUAUCAUCAAAGUGGCUCAUUGCUCUCGUAAACGAAGGUAAAUCAAGCCAGAUUGAUAGGUUCAUGUCUCCACUUCAAGCUUGGCAUAAUCUUUGGCUGCUCACAUUUUCAUAGAGUAUACAAAAUAUCUUUUUAAUUGCCAUAAUGUCCAUGCUUCAAAGCAUAUGGGCAGAAAGCUCCUAGGAUGUAACAAUUGAUAUUGUUUAAUUUACAUAAUAUAAUGAAGAUAAUCUCCUAUAUUCGAUCA